AUGACUGAAGUGGAGAAGAUUGAGGAGCAGCUUGCUCGCCUGCGCAUAGCAAAACGUUCCACGCUAAGUGCGGAACCUGCUUACUUACUGGAUAUAGACGUUGCCACAGCGGCUCAGUCUGAAGGCAGCCGCUUUGUGGCAGUCUCGUGUUCCGAUAAGUCGAUGAGGGUGUACGACAGGGAAACGUUAAACUUCCUGCGGGAGUACAGUAGCCGUCCUGGGAUGCUGAAUGGGGUCAGGUUUGCACACGCGUGUGACAGCAUGGUGUUUUCGGCGUGCAGUGAUGGGACAGUGAAAUGCUGGGAUAUUCGUUUAGCAACUCAGAAAGCGGCGCAGAUAUUUAGCGGCUAUCCUUCCAACGUUUUCAUCAGUUUUGAUAUCAACCGCAGUGACCUCAUAAUCUGUGCUGGAACAGAAGAAGUUGAAAAGGACACGUUUCUGGUGUUUUGGGAUGCAAGAGGUGUUACAGACUGCGCCGGCACAACUAAAGAGCCCUUGGGAGUCUAUUCUGAAAGUCACAAUGAUGAUAUCACUAAAAUUUGUUUUCAUCCUAUGGAACCCAGCUUGGUGGUUUCUGGGUCAACUGAUGGGUUGGUUAAUGUGUUCGACAUUAACAAGGAUAACGAAGAUGAUGCUUUGCUAUCAACUUGCAAUUCGGAUUCAUCAGUAAGCUUUAUUGGCUGGUCUGGGAAGGAUUAUAAACAGAUCUACUGCACAAUGCACGAUGAGGGAUUUUGUUGGUGGGACAUUGCUCAGUUAGAUACCGAAGAACCAAUAAUGCUGUCGCAUGUUCUGGAUGUCAGAGACACAGUCUGCGUUGGAGACGACACCUUGCAGUACCUGGUAGGUGGCUGGUACCACGAAAAGGCAGACAAACUCUUUCUGGUUGGGGGAACGUCUGCAGGAAAGGUGCACCUGAUCAGCUGCGGCACCCAUGGCCUGAGCCUGGUGGGUACCCUGUGCGGGGGACACUCGGCCACCGUGCGCUCCUUCUGCUGGAACCUGGCCGAUGAGUCCCUGCUGACGGGUGGAGAGGAUGCUCAGCUGUUGCUAUGGAAACCCGGAGCUGUGGAAAGGUCCCUCGCGAAGAAAGCAUCUAUGAAGAUGGCUUCUUCCGUGCAGAAGAGAGUGAGAGUUCACAACAGCUCCCUCAAAAGCGGGAAAAAGUAG